AUGUCUUCCGUCAAGUCCACCAUCGCCCUCGUUGGCGCCUUCGCCGCUAGCGCUCUCGCCCACGGCACCGUCACCGGCUUCAAGUUCGACGGCGCCUACGAGGCCGGCUACAAGCUCGACUACUACUACCUCAAGCAGAACGGCGGCACUCCCCCCUCCAUCUCUGCCUGGUCCGCCGAGAACCUCGACAACGGCUUCGUCGACGGCACCGGCUACGCCUCCGCCGACAUCAACUGCCACAAGAACGGUGCUCCUGGCGCCGUCGCCUCCACCGUCGCUGCCGGUGGCACCGUCGACUUCGAGUGGUCCGCUUGGCCCGAGUCUCACUUUGGUCCCGUCCUCACCUACGCCGCAAAGGUCGACGGUGACGACUGGGCCUCCGUCGACAAGACCACCCUCAAGUGGGUCAAGAUUGACGAGUCUGGCAUUGAUAUCGCCACCCAGGAGUGGGCUGCCACCAAGCUCAUUGCCAACAACAACACCUGGACCACCACCAUCCCCUCCGACCUCGCCGCCGGCAACUACGUUCUCCGCCACGAGAUCAUUGCCAUGCACGGUGCUGGCUCCCUGAACGGUGCCCAGAACUACCCCCAGUGCGUCAACGUCAAGAUCACUGGCUCCGGCACCGCCAACCCCGAGGGAACCCUCGGCACUGCGCUGUACAAGAACACCGACGCCGGUAUCCAGUUCAACCCCUACGCCACCAUCUCCAGCUACACCAUCCCUGGCCCUGCCCUCUACGGCUCCGGCUCUGGCUCUGGUUCUGGCUCUGGAUCUGGCUCUGGCUCCAACAGCACCACCCCCGCCACUCCCUCUGCUCCCUCCACCACCGCUCCCUCUGCCACUCCCGCCGUCUCCGGCGCUGCUGACGAUGCCUGCGCCAAGAAGGCUCGCCGCCACGCUCGCUCUUUCCGCCUCCGCCACUAA